AGCUCUUCGCCCCUCGGAGCUGGAAAUGCAACUCUCGGGAUCCUCGGAGGCUACCGAGCUGGAGGCGGAGGCGGCUGGGGAGGUCCGAGCGAUGUGACCAGGCCGCCAUCGCUCGUCUCUCUCUGUCUCUCCUGCCGCCUCCUGGCUUGAAAAUAACUUUUUUACUCUAAAGGAAAGAAAAAAAAUCCCCUAGAACCAGUAGCCGUCCGCGCCUCGCGCCCUCGCUUCCUCUCGGCCGUCGGGUCUGGGCGAGAGCCCGGGGUGGCCGCUUCGCCGUCGGGGCCGAGCCCCGGCCGCCCCGGGCCACCCCCGGCCGCCGCCCCCAUGCAUCCCUUCUACACCCGGGCCGCCACCAUGAUAGGCGAGAUCGCCGCCGCGGUGUCCUUCAUCUCCAAGUUCCUCCGCACCAAGGGGCUCACGAGCGAGCGACAGCUGCAGACUUUCAGCCAGAGCCUGCAGGAGCUGCUGGCAGAACAUUACAAACAUCACUGGUUCCCAGAAAAGCCGUGCAAGGGAUCAGGUUACCGUUGUAUUCGCAUCAACCAUAAGAUGGAUCCUCUGAUUGGACAGGCAGCCCAGCGGAUUGGACUGAGCAGUCAGGAGUUGUUCAGGCUUCUCCCAAGUGAACUCACACUCUGGGUUGACCCCUACGAAGUGUCCUACCGGAUUGGAGAGGAUGGCUCCAUCUGCGUGCUGUACGAAGCCUCACCAGCAGGAGGUAGCACUCAAAACAGCACCAACGUGCAAAUGGUAGACAGCAGAAUCAGCUGUAAGGAGGAACUUCUCUUGGGCAGAACAAGCCCUUCCAAAAACUACAAUAUGAUGACUGUAUCAGGUUAAGAUAUAGUCUAUUGGAUGGAUCAUCUUAUAAUGGAUGGAUGAAUUUGAUUUUUUUUGCUUUGGGUGGGCUCCUCUUGGGGAUGGAUUAUGGAAUUUAAACCAUGUCACAGCUGUGAAGAUCUGGCACAAGAUAGAGUGGUAAUAAUUUUUUUAUUUCUUUCUUUUUUUUUUUUUUUAAUUUAGUGACAGUGCCAUAGUUUGGACAGUACCUUUCAGUGAUUUAAAUAGCCUGUGAGUCCAAGGAAAGGAUCACUUUAUUUGCUAGGGAGUGAAGUCGAAGGGUGGUUUCAGUUUCUCCCAGACCUUAUACCCAAUUUGUCACAGCAGUCCCUUUAAGGAAAUUCUGUCUUUCAAAGAACCCUCUUUCGCAGUCAACCUUGCAGGGGAAUUUGCACUAUUACACUUGAAAGUUCUCAGUAACUUUUUUGGCAGCUCAAUAGGAAAGCUCAAUGUUUUAAGCAUGGUAGUACUGGAAAAAUUUUUACACGGAGACUUUUACCUAGCACUUAAAAUGUAUAAAUGUACAUAAAGACAAACUUAGUACGCAUGACCUGGGGGAAAUGGUCAGACCUUGUGUUUUUGGCGUUGAGAGUAGGGAGCGACCAGGCUCUGCCAUGGCAGCAGGCUUUGAAAAGACCCUUCAAAAAGACACUGUCUCAACUGUGGUUGUUAGCACCAGCCAGCUCUCUGUACAUUUGCUAGCUUGUAGUUUUCUAAGACUGAGUGGAGUAAACUUCUUAUUUUUAGAAAGUGGAGGUCUGGUUUGUAACUUUCCUUGUACUCAAUUGGGUAAGAGUCUUUCCCACAAACCACCAUCUAUUUUGUGAACUUUGUUAGUCAUCUUUUAUUUGGUAAAUUAUGAACUGGUGUAAAUUUGUACAGUUCAUGUAUAUUGAUUGUGGCAAAGUUGUACAGAUUUCUAUAUUUUGGAUGAGAAAUUUUUCUUCUCUCUAUAAUAAAUUGUUUCUUAUCUUGGCAUUUUAAUCAAUCUCUUGUCAUGAUUACAGAGGUUCAGCUACAAAAUAUUUUUCUCAGACGUCUUAGAUUUGUAAGCUGUGUGGAUGUCACUUGCACACUGGUCACACAAACACAUUGGGAGAGGUGUAAUUAGAAACUAAUCAGAAGGAACUAGAGGAAGGCUUUUAGAUUUUUUAACUCAGGUUAAAAGCAUGGACACAUUCACAAGCUAAUGAUCUCAUGAGGAUAAAGACAGAGGUAACAUCUUCCAAAAGUGGCGAUGCCCAAAGGAUCCCAGUCACUGCUUCCUGGGGAAGUGAAGAUAACAAUCCUCUCUGGCCCUCCUUUGAGAAACAGUUCUUUUGCCCCCUUGGAUUUGUUCCUUUAGAAAAUCCUGGGGCAGGUGACCUAUAGCCUUAAAGAACAGGCUUAUCACAGCAGAGCCAUCUGCCGCUUUCUGGUUCUCAUCUUGCAAGAGUUACAUAAAAUAAAAUCCCCUAAGCUGGAAUCCAACAACAGGUACGUUGAUGCACUUCUUUUCUCAAAAGUUGAAGCCCUGGCUUUGUCCGCAUUUCCAUAGCAGGGGAAACUGAGUGUUGUGCUGGAGGUUAGUAACGUGUACCUCAUGGGCAAAGACAUGCUGCUAGUUUGGGGGUUGUAGAAGAUAAACUGAUAUUUUGGUGGAAAUUGAAAGCAGAAAUUUGAGUUCUGCUUUACAGUUAAAAUUAACUGGAUUGGGGGAGGGGCAGCAUGUGAAAACAUGUGAACACUGGGAAUUGAGGCAAUUUAAAUGACUUUAAGUCAGUAAUUGUUCUAAGUCAGUAGUAUUUCCAAACAAAUUGGAGGUUUUUUGGUUUUGUUUUGUUUUGUUUUUUAAUUUGUAAUAAGUUUCCCUGAUACUUUUAUUAACGAUCCAGAAACACAUCACUAAACCCUAAACAUGCCAUGUAUUUAAGAGUACGAAUGGAAUUCAUAUAUUUUUGUCAGUAGGCUAUUUGGAAGAGUUUGGAUUUUGUUUCCCUUAUUUUGCUUUCUGAGAUGGUCUCUUGUUCUAUAUGUAGCUCAGGCUGGCCCCCCCACUCUAGAUCUUCCUGCUUUAGCCCCCAGAAUGCAGGCGUCUCGGAUAAUAUGGCACAGCUCCAGACCAGGAGCUCAGAUUCUUCUUCUUUCUACACAAUAAUGGGUCUCAUUGUGACAUUUUUUUUAAAUGACAUAUUUCAUCUAGCCCUUUCUCUAAAAGGUCCCUCAUUUCAAAUUUGAGUUUGAGCAUUAUAUCCCAGGCUGGUUUAAAGCAGGUCUCACUCUCCUGCUGGCCAAUUUGUGUAUCAUUUGGGAACUCCUUGGAAGCUGCCUGACUGGCUUUGAACACUGGACUCUUCCACACUGUUCAGGUCUAUCCUGAGUACCUAAGAUGUCAUCAUCAUAAAUGAAAUAGAGAAGUGUCUUUGACUUUGCUGUCAAGACUUUUUGUUGCUGCUUGAACAAAAGAAGCGCCUAUUCAAACUGCAGUUUUAGAGUUCAGGUGACAUCCGGCCUGUGAAGCCUGCAAGUAUCUCAGACCUAGCAUCCAGCUGUUUCCUGUGACUCUCACCUCCAUUCCCCAGACCACUGAGCCGAGCCUGUGUGUGCAGCACAGCAUAGCUACUUGAGUAGUUCGUGCCAACUGCUUCUGGCUAAUGUUUGGUUUAGCUAUUUUAACAAAACAAAAAAACUGAGUGUCUGCUGCUGUGUCAUUUACUACCAGUUUUUUGUUUUUUUGUUUUUUGUUUUUUUUUUUUUUUUUUUUUAUUUCGAGAGGUGUAAUUUAAAAGGGUUUACACUGCCCAAAUUAAAGAAAAAAAAUAAUUUAUAAAAGAUGACUGCUAAAAUUAGGAAUUCAUAAUUAACAGUAAGUUUGAGGACUUAUUUUUACAAGUUGGGUCUUGCUUUGUGAUCCUAAAACAAGCCUUGACAUGCUAAUGUUUUGUUUUGAGACCAGAGGUCUUGAGGCUCUGGGCUAGCCUUGAACUUGCCAUAUAGCUAAGGAAGACCAGAAUUCCUGAUCCUCCUGUCUGACUGAGAUUACACUUAGCACCAUGAAGCCUGGCUUGAUGUGGACUGUAGGAAAAUUACCCCAUUCAAUACAGGAUGUGACUAUCCCUUAUGUCAUCCUUACCUUUGAGAUAGUUCUGGAAUUGCAGGCCUUUCUGCCGGAAGUGGCUUUCUGUUAUGAUUGUUUAUGAGGUUUCUUUGUCGCCAUAACUCACACUUUGACAAGUAAUUUUUGGGUUUUUUGUUUGUUUUUUGAAAAAGGGUCUCACUGUGUAUCCUUGACUGGCUCGGAGCUCAGUAUGUACACCAUGAUACCCUGGAACGCAGAGAUUUACCUGUCUCUGCCUCCCAAAUACUGGAAUUAAAGGCGUGCACCACCACACCUGACUAGUAAUUUUGCUGUAAAUAUUAACGGGGUUUGAGCUUCACAUUCCAAGGAAGGGAGGGAGGGGUCCUGGUGUCCAUGUUUAGUGAUUAAAGGUUUCUGGGUCUCCCCCCACCUUAGGACUCUUCCCUGGUCAUAUAUUAAUGAUUUUUGAGACUUCUUCGUCUUUAUAAAUUUAGCGGGCUGCAUUUUGCAUGUGAAAGUUUAAAGAAACUUGCCCCGUCUUUUUCCGAUUUCAGGUUGUGGUGCUUUCGAUAAGCUUCUCGGAGUUUGCCAGCAGCUUUAGAAAGCAUCAUCACCUGAAACUGCAAAGAUUUUGUUUACCUACGGGGAGCACGCAGAGCCCAGAUGACGCUGUCUUUGCAGUCAAACUUUUACAGGUGGACCCUGUCAGUCUGCCCAGUUCAUUUUUUGUGUCAGGACCGUAGCUGAGUCAAAACAUCUUUUAGGGUAAAAUGCCCUGUGUUACAAAUUGGACUGAGCUGCGACACAGGCUUCCUGCCAGGAUUGCAGACUUGGGUAAUCCAGAGAAAUGUGUAUUGUUGGUAGUUUCUGGUGGUUUAGUUUAUGCUUAAGUUAAAAAGCAGCAUUGCUAAGGUGUUGUGUCUUGAUUUUGAGCUGCUCCAGGGUAAACCUCCUGUUAGCAGUGAGGUUUGAUAACAUGUUUUUAAAACCAUUUGUGGAAUAUUAACACUAGUGUUCUGAUUGCAGCUUUAAAUCAGUCGGAUUUAUGAAUAACUUCAUUGCUUAGGUUGUCAAACAGGAAUUAAAAAAAAAAAAAGACACCCAUCAUAAAA